UUACGGUCGGCGGUGAUCGGUGUGAAACAAGGUGAGGAGCGUCACAAGUUGUGCCCACAACAAACUGCCAGAAGUUCUUGCAUCCAGGAUUGCUGAGAAUUCUCUUACAGAGAACUGAAGAAACAUUUCCUGCUGUGGCAGAAAGGAUGAACUGUACAAAGUCAGAGAAGGUUUUAGUGGGUCCACAUGGGGAGGCAUACGCAGCAAGUCAUGAUGCAGACCAGGCCAUGAAUAUAAAAGCUGAGGAAGCCUCAGAUGCACAAGAGGAAGCGUAUUCUGUGCAAAUAACAAUUCAGGAGAUAAAGGCUGAACCUGAGAACUGUACAAAUUUGGAGAAGGCUUUAGUGGGUCCAUAUGAUGAGAUAAACCCAGCACCUCAUGAUGCAAGUCAGGCCAUGAAUGUAAAAACUGAGGCAGUCUCAGAUGCAGAAGAGGAAGAGGAUCCUGUCCCAAUAACAUUUCCAGAAAUAAAGGCUGAACCUGAGGGUAAUUUGAAUGAACUUCAACCCGUACAUGGUGAGGAUCGACAAUAUUCAUGUGAUGACUGUGGUGAAUCAUUCAGUCAGCAGGUAAUUCUGAGAGCACAUCAAUGCAUGCAUAGUGCGGAGCAGCUGUUUUGUUGUGAUGUAUGUAAAGAGUCAUUCAGUCUGCAGAGUCAUCUGAAGAAGCAUCAGCGCAUACAUAGUCGGGAGAAGCCAUUUUGCUGUGAUGUAUGUAAAAAGUCAUUCGGUUAUAUGAGCCAUCAGAAGAGACAUCAGCACAUACAUAGUGGGGCGAAGCCAUUUUGUUGUGAUGUAUGUAAUAAGUCAUUCAGUCGGCGGAGCCAUCAGAAAAGACAUCAGCAUAUACAUAGUGGGUAGAAGCCGUUUUAUUGUGAUGUA